GUGAGCUAGCCUCCCGAGCCCUAUCUAUCCUUUUCUCGGCACCUCGCGGGUCUCCCGUCCGCCCCGUCCCGCAUUCGUAUCCUCUCCUCACUCUCGCCGCCGCCGCUUCCCCUGCGCCCCGAGCCAAGAUGAAUGUUGAAAAGCUCAAGAAGAUGGCAGGUGCUGUGCGCACUGGGGGGAAGGGUAGCAUGCGCAGGAAGAAGAAGGCAGUCCACAAGACUACGACCACAGAUGAUAAAAGGCUUCAGAGCACCCUGAAAAGAAUAGGAGUGAACACCAUUCCUGGUAUUGAAGAGGUCAACAUCUUUAAGGAUGAUGUUGUUAUUCAGUUUGUGAAUCCUAAAGUGCAAGCUUCAAUUGGUGCUAAUACAUGGGUGGUCAGUGGAACUCCACAGACAAAGAAGCUGCAAGAUCUGCUUCCGUCCAUUAUCAACCAGCUCGGCCCUGACAACCUAGACAACCUGCGGAGGCUUGCGGAGCAAUUCCAGAAGCAGGCCCCUGGUGCUUCAGGUGCAGAGGCUGGCGCCAGCGCUGGUGCUGCUCAGGACGAUGACGAUGACGUUCCUGAGCUCGUCCCUGGAGAGACAUUUGAGGAGGCUGCGGAAGAGAAAAAGGAGUCGUCAUGAUUUUGCCACAUGCCCGCCCUUUUGAAGGGCUUAUAAGUAAAUCCUUGCGUAGAAGGGACAUGUUGAACUCUGACCUACCUUAUUUGUGCCUGCUUACGGUUAUGUCAUGAACGAGAAUUUGGUAGUCCAGCGCUGGUCCCCCUUUUUCACCCAUAUCCCCGUGCUUGUGUGGUAAAAGUCUUGUUAAUGUUAAAGGCCACACUUAAACCAAA